AUGGAAGUUAAGCCUCCAAGGAUAUAUUUGAUUUCCACACUCUUGGACGAUACCAUAAGUGCUCCGACAGACACGAGAAAGUUGCUGCAGCGUCUACGAGAGGCAGAGGAGAGUCUACGAGAGGCAGAGGAGAGUCUACGAGAGGCAGAGGAGAGUCUACGAGAGGCAGAGGAGAGAGCUGCACGAGAGGCAGAGCGAGCCAAUCGAGCAGAAACCAAAAGGGACCAAGCAGCGAUCGAACGGGACCAAGCAGCAAUCGAACGGGAUCAGGAGAGGGAACAGACUCGACCGAUAACCCUGGAUGAAUAUCUGGAGGCCUGCCACAAUCUCAUCUACACACACCUUACGGUUGAAAGUAACCCGUCCAGGACCACUACCAGCAGCAUCCGUACCUACAAUAAGCUUGUUCCGGAGCACCUCAAGCGGUAG